AGACAUUAGAAACAGAUAAGAGGUGUUGCAGAAGUUUUUUGGUAGAGCAUCACAAAUAAUAUACUUUGCAGAGUAUAGAAGGCCCCACUAUUCACAAUUCAAGGGUGGGAACAGACUGCACAAGCAAACUAUUAUCCCUUUGCACCCUGCAGACCAAAUAUGUAUCAAGGAAGGAGUAUACACACUUCCACAAGGAUGUCAGUUCCUCCAGAAAGGCAUUUAUUCCUGCAAGGUGGGAAUGGCCAUGGAGACUCAAGACUUGUCCUUUCAACCGAUGCCAAGCCAAGAUUGAAGUGGACAACAGACCUCCAUGAGCGGUUUAUAGAAGCAGUUAAUCAACUUGGUGGAGCAGACAAAGCCACUCCAAAGUCUGUUUUGAAGCUAAUGGGAAUUCAGGGAUUAACCUUAUACCAUUUGAAGAGUCAUCUUCAGAAAUACAGGCUAAGUAAGAAUCUUCACCUGCAAGCUAAUAGUGGAUCCACUAAAACAACAAUAGGAGGAGGCUCAGGCGAAGACAAGAUAUUGGAUGCAAAUGAAAAUCAUGUCAAUAAUGUGAGCAGUGGGCCCCAAAUAAAUAAAAACAUACACAUAAGUGAAGCCAUACGGAUGCAAAUUGAAGUCCAACGAAGGUUACAUGAACAGCUUGAGGUACAACGACAUUUACAGCUUCGGAUAGAGGCUCAAGGAAAAUACUUACAGGCUGUUCUGGAGAAAGCACAAGAAACCAUUGGGAGACAGAACUUGGGAAUAGAUGCAGCCAGGGUUCAGCUCUCAGAGCUAGCAUCCAAUGGGCCCAACGAACGCCUUAACUUGGCAUUUCAAGAAGCUAAAGAAUUACCGGGGUUUAGCCGACCUCAAGUACGAGCAACCCAACCAACAGAUUGUUCACUAGACAGCUGUUUGACCUCCUGUGAAGGAUCUUCCAGAGAGCAUGAAAUGCACCAUAAUCAGCUGGGAUUGGGGCCUUUAAACUUCAGAUCGUACAUGGAGUCUAAGGAAACUGAAAAUGAAACGAGGAGACCGCAAACCCAACUGACGUGGAGCAAUGACCCGAAAGAAACCCGGAACCUCACUCCCAUAAUGGAUGAAGCUGUUGAAACCAAGUGCAGUAACCUAUCAAUGAGCAUCGGGCUUCGAGAAGGAAGAUGGAAUUGCAAGAACAGCUACAAGUCCGAUGCCGCCGCAACUGCAGAUGCUGGUGCCAAACUCUGCUCGCGGUCAGCUGAGAGAUACGAAUCAACUAAAACCGAGAAACAGAGGAUGCCACAGGAGUAUAAACAGCUCAAUUUAGGAUCAAAACUGGACCUGAACACAGACGAUGAAGUCGAUGUUGCUUCAUGUUGCAAACAAUUUGACCUAAAUGGGUUGUGUUGGAGCUAAGCGGCACCUUUUCCACGAAAUGGAGAAAACCCUAGAUAGUGUUCUCGUUUAAGAGAUCAAUCAAUAAUGUAUUUCAAUUCAAUACUAGCCCAUCUGAUAGAAUCGAAUUACGCUGUAGUUCGUUACUGAGAACAACUCGAGGUAUCCCAUUUUCGACCAAAGUACCAAAGAUUUAACUGAAACUGAAGAAAACACGACAACACUACAACUGAAAUUUAAUCCUUCCAUCUUUAAUCGCUCAAACUUUCGGAACAGGAAUAUGCGGUGCAAUGAAUAACGAUCGUUUACCUUCGGUCUAAUUGAGUUGGUCCCCGAUAUCGAUCAACUCGAACGAGAGGUGCUCACUCUUCUGGGCGCUAAUCAAAUGACGAGCAUCGCCACGCUUUGCGCAGUGCAGCAGCAUACGGACCUGAUGUUCAGUUUUGACAGCCAUGCACGUAUGCAGAUCCUACAGGAUAAAACUGUUCAAAGUGCUGUUUAAAAACCCGUUAACUCUUUGCUCAUACCAAACCCGGAUUCCUUCAUUAAGGAAUAUAAAAGGCAAUGGUUGAUUCCAUCCCUAGACCUGAAAUUCAAUAUACAGCCUUCCGACCAUCUCACCAACUCAAGGCAAUCGUUCUUUUAUGUUACUUAUCCGAUCCUACGUAUUUCAUACUCC